AUGCAGGCCGUGCCGAGUCUCGUGGGAGCCGGCGCUACUGCCGCUGCCGCUGCCGCUGGCUUAGUCUUUGGCCAACCCCCCGAACCCGAAGCGCCGUGGUCGAGCCCGAUUCAACACGGAUUUCCCGCCGACUACGACGGUUUCCGAGGACAGCCUACGCCUCGCCGUCCGAGCACGAGCGCCGUCCCAAACUAUUACGCUUGCCCGUCGCCAGCCGAGGAAUUCCCGUACGCCUCUUUCCACCAGCUUACCGAUGUACCCCCAGGCCCUCUUACUUCACACCCGACAAGCCCAACAAGUCUAACGAGUGCCCCACGACCUCUUACCGGGAUUUCUGUCUCAUCGCCGCGGUCCAGCAGUAGGAGACAGUCGUUCGUACGACCAGGUGAUCUAGCGUCGCAGCCCAUAGCGGAGAAUUGUAGGGAUUCGAUAUCAUCGAAGGAGUCUUGGAUACGGCGACUGUCUCUUCGGCCCUUGUCCCAACAUGGGAGCCGAAGGUCAAGCAUGGGCCCAGACUCGUCGUCCAUGACCUUUUCGCAUGGCUCUGGCGUUCCGAUACUUGGACAAUCACCCACUUCCCAUGCUUCUCCGAACAAACUGGUCAAGAGAACAACGUCCGGGAAAAACGGGACCGCAGGGGAGCCGACACGUCGAGGCUCCAUAUCGCAGGUUUUGACACUUCGAAGGCCUGCUACCAGCCACCAACGUUCCGCGACGAUGCAACAAUUCCAGAAUCAGAGUGCUUUCGUUGAGCCGCUUUCGCCAGACGCGAAGGCCCCAUUUGACAGCUAUAGCCCAUCGCCGACCUCCAUGACUUUCCCGCCGACGGCGGAAAAUGGCCGGCAGCCAAAAAAAUGGACCUCAUUUUUCCAUGCUCGGCGCUCAGUUUCAUCAGGGCGAGAUUUCUCUAGCUUACCCCCCGGGAGCGGCCCCCACCACAACAUAUUUCCACGAAAGAGGUUGUCAUUAGCCCGGGGUUAUAUCUUCCGCGCCUACCUCACAAAACCAAGUGAUAUUGCCGACGUUCCUGUCUUGAAAGACGAAGUUGAGGCGCCGUCGGAUCAUUUCGCGAGUGGGGAAACGGAGGAGGCGUUUGCGACAACAAGCGACCCGUCCAAUUCGACCAACUCCAGCGAAGAGCAACCCCCAAGAAAGUCCAUGUCGAUGCAUUUCAGCUCAGCCGGUAACUGGAUUUCGAGGACCGGAAGCACUCGGCGCCCAAGACGGAGUACCAUUGACGCAAAGACAGGAGCGGGCCGAUAUACCCCGGACUCGGGGGCUGCGCCGCGCGACCAAGCCCACUCCCCGGUUAAACCAGGGCUCGAAGGAAUUCAUGCGCCACCAGAGGCUCGAGAAAACCCUCAGCGGCAACCCGAAUAUGAAUUCAGCUCAGCCGAACUCCCCCGAACCCGCAAGAGAAAUUCUUCGUCUCCCUUACCCCCUCUCAACCGCCUCUCUAGUUUCAAUCUGGAUAUCCCACGGAUUGGCUCGCCCGGCCCCACUCGGGCGCUUCAUAGCCCCAUCAAUUACUCUCAAACCCCAUCGGUCACUACUCACAGCCGAGGGCCGUCGGGCGAGCGAUCCGUGACCCUCGCUGGCUCCGACGUGUCGGCUCGUGAUGGUGUUUUUGGAGACGAAGAGGACACGGACUUCAGGAGUGACGGCAUGUAUGACUCUUUCCGCACUGGCGCUUCUUCUGGUCGUAUGAGAUCUGUCGAGACGCCGGUCGAGUCCAUGUUUGAUGAUUCCCCCCCUAACACCGCGAGCAACACCAAGACAAAACGGUUGUCAAUCCAGGAAAUGCUCGGGCGCUCUUGGGAUGGCGAAACGAAGAUUACUGAGGAGGACGAGGGCGUCGACACGCCCAUCAGGCCGACGCAUGUGGUCGAGGCGCCCGGGUUUGGCCCCAAGAGUCGGAAGGAGACCGCUUUUGAGUUUGACGCUACACAUGAGCUGUCGCUGGGCAGCCGCGACUUUGGACGGUUGUCGUUUGAUGAUGAUGAGGAUGAUGACUGGGCACGAGAUGACGAGAAUACUCUUAGCAAUCAUCUUUCACCGCCGAGCUCGACCAACUCCCGCCGCGUCAGUCCUACGUUCAGGCAAGCCCUCAGGAAUGUAAGCGGCUGUGCUAGCCUCGAUUCCCAGGGGGAUAGCUUCAGCGACCGACCGAGGAGCAACAUCUUCGAUUGGUCCGAGCCUUCAGUUCACGACAAAUUCGACACGGAUUUGCCACGGCCAAAGACGGUACACGGAAAGCAGGAGUUGGAUUUGAGAGGAGGCCGUGCCACAAACCGCAAACCACCUGGUGCCGCUCACGUACGCAGUCAGAGUGUUCCCCUUCUUGUUCCCGAUUUAUCAGAUGGCUCGAAGCCGCCGCCAAAGUUCGGGACUUGGGGUUUGGGGACCAAGACGGCUAGCGAGGACUGGGACGACGACUUCGAAUUCGAUGAUGAGGACGAGCCUGCAAUCUGCUCUCCGGGAGGCAAGGACUCGGCCACGAGCUUUGCAAUGGUAGUCCCCGCUUCGAUCCGGGCAACGCAACCGAGCGUAAGAGCACACUCCGGUCAGAUCCGGGAAUUGUCAUUACUGGUCAACGACUUGAAACGGUUAUGCCGGCAUGGCAAAGACCUCGAUAUUCUGAAAGGACCGAUGGCAACCAAGUGGGCAGAGGCCGAGAGUAUCAUUGCCUUGGCGUCUCCGGACGAGGACGAGGACGAGGAACUAGACUCAAUACGGACAUCGAACGACUUCGAUCGGUCCAAGAUCGAGGACCGGUUUCUGGAGGAAGGGUUUGACAGUCACCUUCUUGAUCACAUGGAUGACCCCUUUGGGCUUCCGGAACCUGAAAUGUCCAAGACAGCGGUUAUACGGGAGCGACAUAGCCCUCGGCGGCGGUCCGUAUUCUCGCCCGAAGACGAUAUCUUUGGCAACUGGCCGCUGAACGAAGGGGGUGGGACCCCUGCAAAGUCAUACACGCCCAGUCGAUGCUCGAGCCCGAGUCGAACCUCUACGAUCAUCUCUACCGUGAUCGAAGCCAUGAAGCAGCAGCAAAAGUCCGACCGGAUCAAGACCCCGGCUCCCAAGAUCCCGGACGCGAAGCUAUUUUUCGACACCAAUAGCUCCCAGGAACUGGUCAAGCGGGCGGGGCAGUUACGAGACUCGCUCUCGGACGCCGUCCGCAGGGCCGAGUUGCUCACUCAAAGCCCUGCCGGGACGCCCCGCCGUGAACGGCACUCCCGCCACCAUAAUCCCGAUGGCAGCCCCGCGUUCACGCGGGUCUUUGUAGACCCGGGCUCGAGUCCACCGAGGCGCCUACCCACCAGUCGCAGUACUCCUUCGAUUCUGAGUAGGACAUCAGUCGAUUCGCCGCGGAUGCAAAUGAUGACCGUCAACUAG